AUGGCCAGUUGCUUACGUGCCCCCGUGCAAUUCUGGGACGAUCCUGCUGCAAAACCGUCUGCCGAAGCAUGGAAUUCUUGGAAAACUACAUUCACAGACUAUUUGGAUUUACUUUGUGUAUUUUCCCCGGCGGUGCAGCUAACCGAGAAUGACAGAAUCAAAUUUCUACGGCACUAUUUGGGCCAGGAAGGUGCACAAUCAAAGUUGACCGAGGAACAAUGUGGAACAUUCAACUUUAAUGUUGAUGCGAUUGUCGACGGAUGGACGGUUCCACCGAAUAAUAAAAAGUUUACGACGCAAGGAACGUGUGAAUACACGAUCACCGGGGUGCAAGAUAAAAAAUAUCAGAUAACAUUCAGUAAUUUUAAACUCGGAUCUACUGAAAAGCAAUGCGGAGACACGUAUUUACAAAUCAGUGACGACGAGACUUUCACAGAAGAAAAGCCGGCCAAGUUGUGUGGUUCGGAGAUUCCGACCGGUUUGCCACCAUCGACAGGACACGUAAUGCAUGUGAAAUUGUCGGUUGGCGCAACGGCACCGGGAGAGGUCACAUUUACGGCUAAUGUGAAGCAAGGUGGGUUCGACUUUAACAUUGAGCACGUUGACAUGAAUCGAUUAUUUGGAAAUCCGUUACAUGUUCUUCAAGUUCUCGUCUGA